AUCACAUAAACCCUAGCUCCUUUGUUCGUCAUCUGAAUUUUAUGCCUUAGGAUUUAAUAUCGUUCUUUCUCUCUCUCUCUCUCUUCUUAUUCGAUCAUUUGAUCUAGAAGAUGAAUCAGACAUUUACUCCCCAAUUCAAAGAUAACUUCUGCAACAACUGUGGUUAUCAAGAGCCGCGAUUCCUUCACCGUGUCUGGUAUGAAGACAGAAUCCAGAGUUUCUGCACAUCAUGUAUCCUGCUUUCCCACAAACAGUCCUUUUGUCCCACCUGUCUUUCGUUCCAUGAUUUCAAUUCGGAAGGCAUGUUUAUCCGUUGUCCUAAAUGCUUAUCUUUCUCUCAUCCCAGUUGUUUCUACUCUAAUCGCAAUUCCUCCGAAGCACCUUCGAUGUGCUCAUCAUGCAUGAACCCUAACAGACUAGUUUCCGCCCUAAAAAAAUUUAAAGCCAGAGGAGAUAAAGGAAGUAUUAACGGGAUGGAUAAGAAUAUAGCAGAUUUACUCUUGACAGCAGCAAAGAUAGCGACAAUGUCGAUAUCUAAGGCAGCUGAGGCAUCAAAAAGUUCUGCUGAGAAUCUAGCAAACAAGACUGUUUUGGCAAAGAAAAAGGCAAUUGCUGCAAUAAAUCAUGUUGUGGAAUAUGUUGAUAGGGAAUAUAAACGUUACAAUGUUGGAGAGGGAAAUGAUGAUGAUGAUGGGCCAUCGCUGCUUGAUUUUAGUAGUGAUGAAGAUUGUUCUACUGAAACAGACGAAGGUGAAGCCGACUAUGAUAUUGACAACCCAUCUGAAGAUGAUGCUAUUUAAACAACUAUCCGCUCACAUCAUUAGCUCUGUUGAAGAUCGUGAAGGUGUAGCUGGUGAUUCGACGACUCCCUACUCAGUGGACUAUUUUGAGGCAUGCAUUUCAAGAAUGUUCUACCUUGACAAAAAGAAAUACACGACUGUUUCCUAGUUGACAAGUCAUAGUUUUUCUUCCAGAAUGUAACUUGGUGAGUGGGAACAAAGGUCACCUAGAGGAGAGAACAAGUGACUUCUUGUAGAUGCCAACUUUUCCUUUCAACUACUCCAUUUUGUUGAGGAGUAUUAACAUACGAGCAAAUGUGAACUAUCCCUUGUUGAUUGAUGUAUGUUCCAAAUUUAGAGUGGCAAUAUUCUCUUGUAUUGUCAGUUUUCAAAAUUUGAACUUUAGCUGAAAAUUUGUUUUGG